UCGGUGAAGGGCCGGCCUCUUCCUCUCUCCAAGGGACCCGGACUGACGGUCCGUGUGGACCCAGGAUGGAGCCUCAUCCAGCAGCCGCGGUAGACUCAGAGACAACUCGCUUGGUGAACCCCAGGGCUCACAGCAGCGCCGGCAGCCUUCGUCUCAAGAGUCUCUUCACAGAGCCUUCAAAGUCCCCCCUGGAAGAACAAGAUCCUCUGGAGCAACCUGGUCACUGCCACAUAGACUGUGUCCCUCGGUCUGGCCUUAGCCCUGAACAGCUGCAGGCCCAGAAGCAACUAUCAGCUGCCUGUGCUGUCUGUUUCCUCUUCAUGGCAGGGGAGAUUGUGGGUGGAUAUUUAGCCCACAGCCUUGCCAUCAUGACCGAUGCCGUCCACUUACUGGCUGAUGUGGGCAGCAUGGCAGGCAGUCUCUUUUCCCUCUGGCUCUCCACUCGCCCAGCCACCCGAACCAUGACCUUUGGCUGGCACCGCUCAGAAACCUUAGGGGCUUUAGCCUCUGUGCUGUCCCUCUGGAUUGUCACUGCUGUCUUGCUCUAUCUGGCCUUUGUACGUCUCCUGAACAGUGACUACCACAUUGAGGGAGAUGCCAUGUUAAUCACCGCAGGCAUCGCCGUCUGUGCCAAUCUUUUAAUGGCUUUUGUGCUGCACCAGGCCUCUCCCGGACAUAGCCAUGGGUCCAAGGGAACUGAGUACGCUCCACUGGAGGAGGGGCAAAGGGGCCCUCUGAAUUUCUACAACACCAGCGUUCGGGCAGCCUUUGUGCAUGUUCUGGGGGACUUACUUCAAAGCCUCGGGGUUCUGGCUGCAUCCAUCCUCAUUUAUUUCAAGCCCCAGUGUAAAGCAGCUGACCCCAUCAGCACCUUCCUGUUCUCCAUCUGUGCCCUGGGUUCCACUGCUCCCACUCUCCGGGAUGUUCUUCGAAUCCUCAUGGAAGGUACCCCCUAUGGCAUCUACUAUGAACCAGUUCGGGACCUGCUACUGUCAGUGCCGGGAGUCAGGGCAAUUCAUGAGCUGCACCUAUGGGCCCUGACCCUCACCUACCAUGCUAUUUCUGCCCACCUGGCCAUUGAUGCCACUGCAGACCCUGAGGCCGUCCGAGCAGAAGCUGCCUCUCUGCUCCACACCCGCUUUGGAUUUUGUACCAUAACUCUCCAGGUGGAGCAGUACCAGCCUGACAUGGUUCAAUGCCCAAACUGCCAGGAACCCCCACAGGCCUGAGCAUUUCAGGCUCCCCCACCCAUCUUUCUUCCUGCUGCCCAGGGACCUCCUUUACUCCCCCAACCACCAUCUCCUCACCAGGCUGCCAGGCUCAGAUUCAGUACUAGAUUUUUGGUUUGCUAGGCCCCUUUUCAGGGAAGAAAGGUAGCCACUUACCCAAGUCUGAAAACUUGAUUUCUCUGCCCUAGGCAGAAUGGACCAAGGAUGGGUCAACAACCCUCCCUCCCCCAACAACCUCAACUCUGAGCCCCACCCUCCUACCCCCAAGCCUUGUAGCCCCUGUGGGCAUGACCAAAGU